UGCAGCUAACAGAGAUCACGGAAGUCAGUUUGACGAAGUUUCACGUCCGGGAGACGCUCUGAUGUCAUGUGUGUGUGGAGAUGUGAGCUUUAAUGCAAAUUUAACGAAGCGUCAGACACCGCGCAACAUCAGCUGAUAUGGAUAGAGAAGUUUCAGAGCUUUCAAUUCCCGUCCCAUGGGGAGAGAUCAGAGGUCAAGUGUGGGGUCCUGAUCACGGCCGUCCCGUGCUGUGCCUGCACGGCUGGGCUGACAACUGUGGUACAUUCAACACACUCAUUCCCCUGCUGCCCAAAGAGUGCAGAUACGUGGCGGUGGAUCUGGCGGGCCACGGUCAGUCGUCACACCGUCCUCCUGGAGUUUUCUACUCCGUCCCUGCGUAUGUGGCGGAUGUACAAAGAGUCGUUGACGCCCUGCACCUGCAUAAAUUCUCCAUCAUAGGCCACAGUAUGGGUGCCGACAUUGCUGGAAUGUACAGUGCACUGUAUCCUGAGAUGGUGGAUGCUCUCAUACUGCUGGAUGGUUAUGGAUUCUUACCAACAGAUCCGAAAGAAAUAUCCAAGGUGAUGAGGCAGGGGAUGGAUGAGAUGAUUCAGUUUGAAAAAAUCACAGAAGAGGAGAGAAGAGUUUACACUUAUGAGAAGGCAGUUGAGAGGCUGUUGGCUGCAAACCCGACUCUGUCUGAACAGUCUGCUCACAUCCUGUUAGAGCGAGGUCUAGUUCAAGUUGAAGGAGGGUUUGUGUUCUCCAGAGACCUGCGAGUUAAUUUUAAAAACAUACUGCGUAUCAGUUUGGAGCAGAGCCUGGAGAUGCAGUCGAGGAGUCAAGCCCCUGCUCUAGUUGUUCUAUCAGAAAAAGGCUUUGAUAGAAUAUUUUCUGAACCAGCCCAAAAGAAAUUUACCCCUACACUCCUCCAAAGUUUGCAGGACAGAAAUCACAAGGUGGUGACAGUACCAGGCGAUCAUCACAUCCAUCUGAAUAAUCCUGAAGUCGUUGCUCCGUUUGUGUCUGACUUCCUGCGAACUAAAGUGUUGUCAUCAUCAGCCAAACGGGAACACAAGUUAUAAACUAUGAACAUUUCCUAACAUACUGUUGCAGUUAGUUCAUGUUUGAGUUUUCUUGUGUGAGUGUUUCCAUUAACAACUGUAUUAAAGCUCCCGAGUGCCA